GAUAUUUGGAUUUUCUUAAUUUUUGGGUUGGUUCUCUAAAAUGAGAUGAAAUAACGGAUGGACGGAAUGGAUGUGAAACGUAUAAAUCAAAGUGGGCCCACUUUCAGGGGCAUCAUGCAGCAAGCUGGUACUCCGAACUCGCGUAAUCCGCCACAAAUCAAUAGAUUUCUUUACCCUCCAAAACUACCGGCCUUUUGAAUUCCCAACCAGAGGCCGGACUAACGGCCAAUAUGCGAUCCCCUUCCUUCAAACCCACCCUUCCCAGAAAACCACCCUUUUCCACCCAAACCACCAUACAAAACCACUCCGAUGUCUGUUCCCCUUCUCCAGAAACGCGCUUUAUCUCUCUCAUCCAUGUCUCCGAAACCACUUGCCAUCUCAAACAGACCCAUGCCCAGAUCACCCUACAUGGCCUCUCCCAGAACAGCCAUGUCAUCACCCAGCUCAUCUCGACCUGCUCUCUCUUCAAGUCGAUUGACUAUGCCCUCUCGAUCUUCCGCCAUUCCCGUGAGCCCAAUCUCUUCAUCUUCAAUUCGUUGAUCCGGGCACUUUCUGAUAACGCCUGUUUUGCGGGCUCGAUUUCCCAUUUUUCCCUCAUGCUACGGUUAAGCAUCCGUCCUGACCGCCUCACCUUCCCCUUCGUACUCAAAUCUGCUGCGUCGUUGUCUGAAUAUGGCCUUGGUGGGGCCCUCCAUGCCAGUAUCGUUAGGCUUGGACUUGAGCUCGACUCCUUUGUCCGGACUUCAUUGGCAAAUAUGUAUGUGAAAUUCGGGUUCUUGGAUCACGCACUGCAGUUGUUCGAGGAAACUCCUGAUAGAAAUAAGGCUGAGAAUGUGCUGUUGUGGAACGUUUUAAUUAAUGGGUGUUGUAAGGUUGGGGAUUUGGAAAUGGCGAGCAAGCUUUUUGAGGCAAUGCCAGAUAGGAGGAGCAUCGGUUCUUGGAAUAGUUUGAUUAAUGGAUUUUUGCAGAAAGGUGAUGUGGAGAGGGCAAUGGUGCUUUUUGAUCGCAUGCCAGAGAAGAAUGUGAUUUCUUGGACAACAAUGGUUGCUGGGUUUUCACAAAAUGGAGACUAUCAACGGGCUUUAAGUACUUUCUAUAGGAUGUUGGACGAGGGUGUGAAACCUAAUGAUUAUACAGUGAUUUCCGCACUAUCGGCAUGCGCGAGGAUUGGAGCUUUAGAUGCUGGGAUUCAGAUUCAUGAAUAUGUUUUGGGUAAUGGAUUUCGGAUAAACAGAGAUCUUGGAAAUGCUUUGGUUGAUAUGUAUUCAAAGUGUGGAGAGAUUGAGUGUGCCAGUCGGGUUUUCUGUCAGAUAAAAGAGAAGGAUCUUCUUACUUGGAGUGUCAUGAUAUCUGGGUGGGCCACUCAUGGAUGUUGCGGGGAGGCCCUCCGAUGUUUUGAAGAAAUGAAAUCUGCAGGUAUAUAUCCAGAUGAGGUUGUGUUUCUGGCAGUCUUGAUGGCAUGCUCGCACUCUGGCCUGGUUGAUCAAGGGCUGCAUGUCUUCAAUAGCAUGUGUUUUGAUUACUCAAUCACACCAACAGUGAAGCAUUACACGUGCAUUGUGGAUCUAUUUGUUCGGGCGGGCCACCUAGAAGAGGCCCUCAAAUUCAUUGAAAGCAUGCCGAUCGAACCCGAUUUCGUGAUAUGGGGCACACUCUUCUGCGCAUGCCGAGCUCAUAAGAAUAUCGAAAUGGCAGAAUUAGCAUCAAAGAGGCUCUUACAGCUCGAACCUAAGCAUCCAGGCAGCUAUGUUUUUCUCUCCAACAUCUACGCUGGGGCGAAGAGAUGGGAAGAUGUCGAGAAGGUGAGAAAUGCAAUGAAAAUUAGGGGUAUAGAUAAGCCUCCUGGGUGGAGUUUCAUUGAGGUUGGAGGCCAUGUGCAUCGUUUUACAGCGAGUGAUCAGGCCCACACAUGUGCUGAAGAAAUAUACCGGAAGUUAGGGGAGAUCACUGCAUGUGCGAGGGCCCAAGGGUACAUGCCUGAUACCGAUUGGGUGCUUCAUAAUAUUGAGGAAGAGGAGAAAGAAGAUGCAUUAGGAAGUCAUAGCGAGAAGUUGGCGCUCGCAUUUGGGCUGGUUAGCACUUCGAGUCCGGCGGUUAUUAGGAUUGUGAAGAAUCUAAGAGUGUGUGGAGAUUGCCAUUCACUGAUGAAACAUGUAAGCAAGAUCAGUCAGAGGGAUAUUGUGUUGAGAGACAUAAAGCGGUUCCAUCAUUUCAAGGACGGGGCUUGCACAUGCAUGGAUUAUUGGUGAUCAUGAUGCUUAUGCAGGUCACACAUGUUGAGAUCGUUACAUCAGCUCAGGAUUUUUUUUAACCUAUAUUUAUACCAGAGGAAAAGAAUUCAGUCAUCAGAUUGCAAUGCUAAAAAGGCACCAUUGAUUUGGUUCAAAUGACCAUUGGAUUUCAGGAUCAAUACCAUCUCAAUGCAUGCACUAUCCUACAAUUGCAA